AUGCGUUCGAAUUGUACGUACAUGCAUAAAGUAUAUACUUAUGACGGAAAACGCUGCGAUGGAUUUUACCCCCGGGGCUCGAAGGACUUCGAUGAAUCCACACCGUUGUCUGCAAACGGGCCGCUACUGAAGGCGAUUGCUAUAGUCGGAGCCGAGUCACUCAAGGGCGGAAUAGCAAGGGCUUCAGGAGAGUACCUGGGCUCACCUCCGGAUAGAUACCAGGGGUGGGGACACCUAAAUCUUGCGAGCUCUCUGCCACUAUGGACCAAGGAGACCAAUGCCGAGAACCUUCAGCGUAUUCAAGUCGUGAACGGCGCUGCUAUCUAUGAUGGAGAGACAUACUACAUAUGCGGGAUCAAUGCAACAGGCGCCGGGCCCAUUCGUGCGGCACUUGUAUGGCAUGACUAUCCCUCCAACAUCAUGGAUGCGGGAAUAGAUGCGGGCAGCACAUACCCAAACAUUCUGGUCAAUGACCUCGACUUAUACUUCAACGUAAACAAUGGCGACAUGAGAAAUGAACGAGAAGACCACACAAACAACGUAGAGCGUUUUGAGCUGGAAACACUCGAACCUGGGGCUCAAGUGACGCUCAAAGUGAACGUCUCUAAGUUUGGUACCAGACAGGUACCAGACAUUAGGGUCUCACGUCAACGUCAGCUUUGGUCGCUGGUGGUUGUGGGGCACUUCAAAGGCAACCUCAGGACGUACGACAAUCCCUCGUAUAAAAGACCCCAUCGACUUCAGGGCCUGUGGCGAACGUCCGUUUAUCCCGAAGGCUUGCAAAUUAACAAACACGUUUGGGCGUUCCUGGUAGUUUCUCGCAGCUUCAUCGAGACCGUUCGUUAG